GACGGCACGAAGUUUCCGGUGUUGUGUAUGUUCCUGGAAACAUGGCGGCCAGCUUCCGCGGCCGUCCUAUCCGGAGUCUUCGGAUGCGGGGUCGGAAUGACAGCGGGGAGGAGAACGUCCCGCUGGAUCUGAGCAGAGAACCAUCUGAAAACUUCCGUGAAAUCCUCCAAAAUGUGGCCAAAUCUCAUGGAGUCAGUAACAUGCGAAAGCUUGGCCACCUGAACAACUUCAUUAAGUUGCUUUGCAGUAUUGGACAUCGCGAGGAGAGCUUUGGCUUUACGUACGAAGAAAUCAUUGUAUGUCUGCGUCUAGCUCUUCUAAAUGAGGCCAAGGAAGUGCGUGCAGCAGGCUUGCGGGCACUUCGCUAUCUCAUUAGAGACACCAACGUGCUGCAGAAGGUCCUAAGACUGCAGGUGGAUUAUUUGAUUUCCAGAUGUAUUGACAUCCAGCAAAGCAACGAGGGGGAGAGGACGCAGGCAUUACGGCUUGUCAGAAAGAUAAUCACCGUCAAUGCCAUGCUGUUCCCCACCUCUGUUGCUAAUUCUCUAAUUGCUGUGGGUACAGACGGGCUGCAGGAGAGGGAUCGCAUGGUUCGCGCUGCCGUUGCCAUCAUAUGUGAGCUAGCUCUGAAGAACCCAGAGGUGGUGGCCAAACGCGGAGGUCUCAGCACAAUCCUCAAGAGCGUCAUCGACUGUCAGCUGAGUCGGAUCAACGAAGCCCUGAUCACCACGGUCCUCCAUUUACUGAACCACCCGUGCACCCGCCAGUAUGUGCGCGUUGACGUUGAGCUCGAGCAAAUCCUUGCACCUUUCACUGAUUUCCACUAUCGGCACAACGCUGACACAGCUGAAGGACAACUCAAGGAAGACAGAGAAUCCAGGUUCUUGUCUAGCAGGAUGGCCAUAGUUGCUGCAUUUCGUUCCUGGUCUGGGAUUAUCAACCUGUGCAAGGCUGGAAAUUCUGGGAUCCAGUCUUUAAUUGGCUUACUUUGCAUACCAAAUAUGGAAGUUAGGAAAGGCCUGUUGGAGGUGUUAUAUGAGAUAUUCAGGCUCCCUGUGCCCAUUGUUACUGAAGACUUCACAGAGGCUCUCCAAAGUGUUGAUCCCGCCAGGUUCCAGGACACCUGGAGACUCUCUGAUGGGUUUGUGGCGUCUGAGGCUAAAGUUAUCCUACCCCAUCGGGCCCGCUCCAGGGCCGACCUGAUGGACAACUACCUGGCAUUUGUGCUCUCUGCCUUCAUCACCAGUGGACUGUUAGAGGGUCUUGUGGAAGUUGUGACCAGCAGCGAUGACCAGCUUGCUAUCAGAGCUACCAUACUCCUAGGAGAGCUUUUGCAUAUGGCCAACACAAUUCUUCCUCAUUCCCAUAGCCACCACCUGCAUUGCCUUCCCACCCUUAUCAACAUGGCCGCCUCAUUUGACAUCUCCCAGGAGAAACGACUUCGUGCAAGUGCAGCCGUGAACAAUCUGAAGCGUUUCCACGAGAAGAAGAAGAAAGGCCUGAAGCCGCACAGUCUUUACUUGGACCACAUCAUUCGCAAGUCCGUCUCGUCUCAAAACCGGAGAGAUUCCUACUCGCGUGUCCAAAGGGACAUCUACAUCAUUAAGGACACUGAAGAGGCACUGCUGAUGAACCUAAGAGACAGCCAAAUCCUUAACCACAAGCAGAACCUGGAGUGGAACUGGCUGCUCAUUGCCACCAUCCUGAAGUGGCCAAAUGUGAACCUCAGGAACAACAAGGAUGAACAGAUGCACCGGUUUGUUCGGAGGCUGCUCUUCUUUUAUAAGCCCACUAGUAAAUUAUAUGCUGGGCUGCCUUUGGAUCACGUAAAGGCCAGACAACUCACAGUGGUUGGAUGUCAGUUUGUGGAGUUCCUCAUGGACUCAGAUGAGGACGGUCAGGGCUAUCUGGAGGAUCUUGUGAGAGACAUGGUCUCAUGGCUCUGCUCGUGUUCAGGACUGAAGCCAGAGCGUAGUCUGCAGAGCAACGGCCUUCUCACCACACUCAGUCAGCACUAUUUCCUCUUCCUGGGGACACUUUCCGCACACCCACAGGGAGUUAAAAUGUUAGAGAAAUGUGGCCUGUUCCAGUGCCUGCUGAAUCUGUGCUCCGUAAAGAACCAGGAUGCUGUGCUGAAACUUGCUGUAACGACUCUAGAUUACAGCAGAGACGGCCUGGCCAGGGUCAUCCUCUCAAAGGUCCUCACAGCUUCCACCGAUACAUGCAGGCUGUAUGCCACCAAACACCUCCGUGUGCUGCUGCGUGCGGGCGUGGAGUUCUUCAGCAGCUGGGGCAUGGAGCUGCUGGUCACCCAGCUUCAUGACCACAACAAGGUUGUUUCCAUGGAGGCCCUGGACAUUCUGGAUGAGGCCUGUGAGGACAAGGCCAACCUCCACGCUCUAAUCCAGCUGAAACCAGCUGUGUCCCAUCUGGGAGACAAAGGCCUCCUGCUGCUCCUCAGGUUCCUGUCCAUUCCUAAAGGUUUUUCCUACCUCAAUGAGAGGGGUUAUGUCAGCAAGCAGCUGGAUAAAUGGCAGAAGGAGUACAACCUUAAAUAUGUGGAUCUGAUAGAGGAGCAGCUGAACGAAGCACUUACAACUUACCGCAAACCCGUAGAUGGAGAUAACUACGUGAGGCGCAGCAACCAAAGGUUACAAAGACCAAAUGUUUAUCUCCCCGUGCACUUGUAUGGUCAGCUGGUCCAUGAUAAGACAGGCUGUCAUCUACUGGAAUCUCAGAAUGUAGUUCCAGAUCUCAGCUAUACGGUCCGCUCCCCGAUGCUGGACACCUGGGAGGGCGUUAAGCAGCUGAAGGCUGCUCUAUGGGCUCUGGGAAACAUUGGUUCUUCGAACUGGGGUCUGAAUCUCUUGCAGGAGGAGAAUGUGAUUCCUGACAUCCUUGCAUUAGCUCAGCACUGUGAGGUGCUGUCGGUUCGUGGGACAUGCAUUUAUGUGCUUGGUGUGAUUUCUAAGACCAAGCAGGGAUGUGAGGUCCUCAAACAGUACGGUUGGGAUGCGGUCAGGCAUAGUCGCAGGACGCUGUGGCCUGUCACUCCUGACGAGGUGGACACCCAGCUCACCGCAGAGCUUUCCUCCGUACCGAGCACGCUCAGUCUGAACUCGGAAUCCACUGGCUCCCGCCACAACAGCGAGAGCGAGUCUCAACCAAAUAUGUACAUCCUGGACGAUGACAAGUGUGACGGUUUGGACUCGUCAGACGACCCCUCAUUCUAUCAACACUCCAAAGCAGUCAAAGAUCGCAGCCCGUUCACAAUCCUUGGUUCCACGCGCUUUGUUCGUCCCCGCUUCCUCAACUCCCUCUCCCUCCCCAGCAAGAAGGUACGCUCCACCAGUGACCCAAAGAGUUCCACGGGCUCUCGCACUCUGAACGAUCUGAAGAUGGAAAGCCCGAGGCGGAACAGGACAGUGACGGAGCCUUCAGUCUACAGCCACGGGGACGUAUUCAACUCAGUAUUUAAUGGCCGAGGAAUGCCAAAGAGUCCAACGGUUAGCCUGGAGACGUCCUUUGUUGGGACCAGGGGCGGCUCUGAGGAGCAGCUUGUGGAAGGCAGGCUGGUGAGGGGAGGGGGCUCCGGCCUUGGACUCAGCGGUCUGGGGGGACACGGGGUGGUGGAGCAGCACAGGGAGCAGAGCAGCCGAGAGCGCCUGGCUGGAGAAGGCGGCUCCUCUAGCGGGGGUAAUGUGGGAGGGGGUGGAGGAGGCGGGGGUACUCAGUUUAAAAGCCGCAGUCAGAGCUUUAACACGGAUACGACGACCAGCGGCAUCAGCUCCAUGAGCUCCAGCCCCUCCCGCGAGACCGUCGGGAACCCAGAUCACCCCGAAGUGGAACCAGACUCUUCCGACUGUGUGAGCCUCAACACCGUUGUGUCUGCAAAGACGGUCAAAACCCUCUCCUCCCUCAGCCCCCAGCCUCAGACAAACCACAUGUGCUCCUCCAAGUCCCCCAGCGUUUCUCUGGUCCCGCCAGGCUCCUCGCACACCCUCCCCCGCAGAGCUCAGUCUCUUAAGUCCCCCUCGGUCACAGCCAUCAAGAGCCUGGCUGACUGCAGCAUCAUGUACACCAGCCCCAGAGACGCGCUGGGUUACGCUACACUGAAGAGGCUGCAGCAGCAGAGGAUACACCCGUCUCUGUCCCACAGUGAGGCUCUGGCUUCACCCGCCAAAGACGUUCUGUUCACAGACACCAUCACCAUGAAGACCGGCAGCCUGGACUCCAGGUUAACUCCUCGCAGGUUCCUAAAAGCUCUCAGUUUCGCCUCUCUGGACAAAGAGGAGCUGCUCAGUCCCAUCAGCCAAAGCACCCUGCACCGCUGCUCCUCGGUGCGCUCCAUGGUCUCCAGCGCCACCUUAGGGUGCAACGACGACUACAUUGGCCUGGCGCUGCCGAUGAACAUCAACGACAUGUUCCACAUCAGAGACUCUACCUACUUCCAGCAGAGGAUCAGCCCGCCCUCUGAAGAGCGGAAACGCUUCCUGUUUGGCGACGGAGACGGGGAUCGGCCUGCUCUGCCGUUACUGAAACAGCAGUUCAGUAUCUCUGAGCUCAUUGCAUCUCGAGGAGAGUCUCAGAACCACAUGGUGGACUCAGAAGAGACGGGUCUGCAGGAUCACUCCGAGGAAAACUGUCUGUACUGCGUAGGAGCCAGCGUCCUCGGAUACCAGACUCAGCCGCAGAUCAAAAGCACGCAAACUCGGACAGAUUAUGUUGACUUCCCUUCAUGGGGUGGGCAGGGGGGGCAUCGACUGGAGGUGAUGCCUCAGUCCAAGUUCUCGGGGGUGUCGGGCUGCAGUGACGCUGCUGUGUCUCAAGGUUCGAUCUCCAGCACGCCUACGCCUGGAGACGUCGUUAUUGGCGGGAAAGCCAUCUCUGAUGACGGCCCUGCCUCUCGAGUCCUCCUGAGGAAGGAGAUUCUCCGCCUCAUCAUCAACCUCAGCUCUUCUGUCGGAACCAAAGGCAAUGAAACAGGAUUAUUGACGAUAAAGGAGAAGUUUCCUUAUGCGUUUGAUGACAUCUGCUUGUACUCGGAGGUUUCUCACCUCUUGUCCCAUUGUAUGUUUCGUCUGACUUCGAGGCGCUUCAUACAAGAGCUCUUCCAGGACGUGCAGUUUAUGCCAAUGUAUGAGGAAGCUGAAGCAAUCCUGAUGAAGCUUCCUGAACCCGUCGGAGAGGAUGUUACCCCUCCUGCAGAGUCCUGAUUCCCCCUCCCCGGCUACAGCCCUGACUCCUUUAUAACUGUGGAAAGAAAAGCAGGUCUGAGGCUCUAUGGACAGAGGAACCUUCAGCCCAUUUCUGUUGCUUGAAACGGAGAACACUCAUCGCUCAGCUUCCUCCUGAGCUGGAAACAAAAGACUUCAGUAACCGAACACACAUUAAAUGCUGUCUCAGAAAAACGAUGAGCAGCAGAAAAGCCAAAUACUGUUUCCAUGUGGAUUGGCAACACUGUCAAAUAUUCACCGGUAGAUCAUCAGAAAACUAAAAGGACAAAGACGGUGCAGUUAGAAAAUAAUCAAGUAGUUUAAAAAAAAAAAUCAAAUUGUGUUUUUUUUUUUUUUUUGCAGUUUUAGAUUGUUUCCUGUAAUGAAACAAAUCAUCACGUCUUACUGAAUAUUCCUCGGACCUUGCGUUCUUUUCUUCAAAGAAAACACUACAAACGGAUCCUGCUGUCUUUAAAAACCUAACUGGAGCCGGAUUCCUUCUCCUCACCGCCUCCUAAGACCUUAAGCCUCCUUACCGCACAGACGGCCUGUUAAAACUUUCUAUUUCCAGUGUCACAGACAAUCACCAGUGUUGUGUUUUCUAAAGCAUUUUACCUGCCGCCGCUACUCGGUGAAUAAGGAGAAUAGCAUGUAAUUUAAUGCUAGUUUUUUUCCCUACUUUUCUGGCUCAGAGCCUUUAAUGUUUUCUUUUCCUGUGUUUUGGCAUCUUCAGCGAGCUUCAAAGAAGGUGGGUCUCUCUCUUUUCCUCUAAAAUGCUUGCUCGUGUAAGUAAUCUGUAGAAAGGUCGAUUACAGAUGUACACAGGUGUUCCUGAAACGUUCACCAACCAGCAGCUCCUCGUCACAAUUCCUCCUUUACCUCUGAGCUUCACACUCUACUGCAUGUUCAACUAGCAUGGCAAAGUUGCACUUCACCCUAACUUAUUGCUUUUUAAAGAAGUUAAAGGUUGCCAUUUCAUGUCGCCAUACAUCGUAGGAAUGGUUGCCCCUCCGCCAUGCAAUAUCACUCACUGUUGGAGCACGACGACAGAGGAGGGGGCGGUUCAGUGCGAUGACUAAAUGUAAAAGGUAUCCAAGGAAACAGGUUGUUUCCAUUGGCGUUUUUUUUUUUUUUUUGCUACAAUGCUGCUACACAAGUGGACUCAUAGAGAGAUGAUUCAUAGAUCCGCUGAGUGAUGUCAGAUCCGAUCUAUUUAUUAUAUGUCUGUACCAUAGUGAGCUCAACCAGAGAAGAAAAAAGUUAUUUAUAUUUUUCCUCAAGACUGUAUUAUAAUUUAAUUUUUCUUUUUUGCCUGAAUUGUGUUUCCCUUGUAAAAUGUGUACAGUAUGUUUUUGGGGCACCGAUGACCUAAAGAAACAUACGAUCCUAUCAAAGGGAUGCAUUGUUAAUAAAACAAAAUCUGAAACACCCA